AUGAAGCGGUACAGGAAUGGCGAAGUCUGGGACUUUGAGAACCAAAUGCCGGUGGUCGCCGGCGCCGGAGACGUCAUCUUGGGUUUAGACGGUGGCACCACCUCCACCGUCUGCAUUUGCAUGCCGAUUUUGCCCUUCUCCGAUCCUCUCCCCGACCCAGUUCCUGUUCUUGCUCGAGCAGUCGCCGGUUGCACCAACCACAACAGCGUUGGCGAGGCUGCUGCAAGGGAAACAUUGGAGCAGGUGAUGGCUGAAGCGCUGGCCAAGUCCGGUUCGAACCGGUCGGCGGUUCGAGCUGUUUGUUUGGCGGUUUCUGGUGUCAACCAUCCCUCAGAUCAGCAGAGGAUAUUAGAUUGGCUUAGGGAUGUAUUCCCCAGCAAUGCAAGGUUGUAUGUUCAGAAUGAUGCUGUGGCAGCUCUAGCUUGUGGGACUUUGGGAAAACUUCAUGGGUGUGUUCUAAUUGCUGGCACGGGGACCAUUGCAUAUGGGUUCACAGAAGACGGUAGAGAAGCUCGGGCAGCUGGCGCAGGGCCUACCUUAGGUGAUUGGGGAAGUGGAUACGGAAUAGCUGCACAGGCAUUAACCGCUGUAAUAAGGGCCCAUGAUGGUCGUGGUCCACAUACAAUGCUUAUGUCUAGUAUUUUAGGGAAGCUUGGUCUUUCUUCUCCAGAUGAACUCAUCGGGUGGACCUAUGCUGAUCCAUCUUGGGCUCGCAUUGCAGCACUUGUUCCAGUUGUUGUAUGUUGUGCAAUUGCUGGUGAUGAGGUUGCAAAUAAGAUCUUGUUUGAUUCAGUCGAGGAGUUGAGGUUGAGUGUGAACGCUGUUGUUCAAAGACUUGGCUUGAGUGGUCCAGAGGGAAAAGAUUCUUUUCCUCUUGUCAUGGUUGGUGGUGUUCUUGAUGAAAAUAAGAGGUGGGAUAUAGGAGAGGAAGUCAUUAAAUGCAUCUCCAAGGACUACCCGGGGGCAGUUCCCAUUAGGCCGAAGGUAGAGCCUGCAGUUGGAGCAGCAUUGGUAGCAUGGAAUUUUUGCAUGAAAGAAUCUCUUGAGAAUGCCUUCAAAAGCUGA